GUAUGCAACAGGAGUGGCUUUAUUAGGCUAAGUAAGAGGCGUGUUUGGCAGAGUACUGUACCUUCCACUGCCUUCACUAGUAAUCCCGCCCAGGCUCUUCAGCUAAGUGAUCUGUGUGAGUAAGGGAAGCCCACCACAGUUGUCCGUACAUCGACCCCCUUUUUACAGUAUGCAUGUUCGCCAAGGGAUCCGCGGGCACUUUCCGACCAAGCGCAUGUUAUCACCACGGAACUCACAUCAGAAAAGUAGAAGGUAGACGCUUUGGAUGAGGGAGGCACUCUCGACAGUUGGAAUCCAGCGGCGGAGAGCCCGAGUGACCGUAGCACGCCAGAGACGGAGAGUGUAUUCGGGCGUGCUGCUUUCUGUCUAACCGUGGACAAUCAUGCAUGUGCUCUUCUGGGGUUUAGGAUUUCUUACAGUUCUCCCUGACUUGUUGAUUGUGGAUGCAUCAACAACAGGGAGACAUUUGUUGAGCUCAAGAAAAGCAAACGCACUCGGUGCAUACGAGAUUUUUACUCCAACAAGAGUGGAUGAAGCUGGUGACAGACUACAUACAAGUAUACACUUCAAACGGAAAAAGCGGAGUAUUGAUUCAGCAGCGGAUAACAGUGUUGAUCAGUGGGCCUCACCGACCAUCCAUUAUCGAAUUUCUGCUUUUGGACAGAAUUAUGAACUCAACCUCACACUUGAGUCGGGAUUUAUUGCGCCACUUUACACUGUCACGAUACUCGGACUACCAAACAGUGGGAACCUAACGGAAUUCUCACAAGAGGGGGAGGAGGAGGAGACAGACUAUCAGCACUGCUUCUACCGAGGACAUGUGAAUGCAGACCCGGAGCACACCGCAGUUAUCAGCCUCUGCUCCGGUUUGCUUGGCACUUUCAGGUCACCAGAAGGGGAGUAUUUUGUGGAGCCCCUUCAUAGCUACAAUGGUGUACAUUAUGAAGAAGAACACAACAAACCUCAUAUUGUGUAUAGAAAGGAUACCCCCAAGAAGGCUGGGAGGGAGGAGGAAGCAUGUGAGACUUCAGGACACAAAAAGAGACACAGGCGACACAAAGACCAGGCGAAGAAGAGGCCUCCCACCGGCAUGCAGGCUGACCUGGAGAGCCUGAGCACUGGACUCUUCGGCGAUGCCUUCCCUCUGAGCGAAAACAAGCAUGCGGCUAAUGACAGCAGUGACUCAGGACCUCACAGGAGAUCAAAGCGCUUCCUCUCCUAUCCGCGCUUUGUAGAAGUCAUGGUGGUGGCAGACAGCAAGAUGGUGGAACACCACGGCAGCAACCUUCAGCACUAUAUUCUCACCCUCAUGUCCAUUGUAUCCUCCAUAUAUAAGGAUCCUAGCAUUGGAAAUCUGAUUAAUAUCGUCAUUGUGAAGUUAGUUAUCAUAAACAAUGAGCUGGACGGGCCCGUGGUGUCUUUCAAUGCACAAACCACUUUAAAAAACUUCUGCAUAUGGCAGCAGGGUCAAAAUCACCCUGACGACAACCACCCCUCGCAUCACGACACAGCAAUCCUCAUUACUAGGCAAGACAUCUGUCGUGCACGUGACAAAUGUGAUACCUUAGGUCUUGCAGAGCUGGGCACUGUUUGUGACCCAUACAGAAGCUGUAGCAUUAGUGAGGAUAAUGGACUUAGUACCGCUUUCACCAUCGCGCAUGAACUAGGCCAUGUGUUCAACAUGCCCCACGACGACAGUAACAAGUGCAAGGAGGACGGAGUGAAGAACCAGCAGCACGUGAUGGCGCCCACGCUCAACUACUACACUAACCCCUGGAUGUGGUCCAAGUGCAGCCGCAAAUUCAUCACCGAGUUCCUCGACACAGGGUAUGGAGAGUGCCUACUGGACGAGCCAAUAUCUCGGCCAUACAGCCUGUCUCAGCAGCUGCCUGGGCGGAUAUACAAUGUCAAUAAACAAUGUGAAUUGAUAUUUGGGCCAGGAACACAGGUGUGCCCAUAUAUGACACAGUGCCGCAGGCUUUGGUGCACCAGCCCGGAGGGAGCGCAGCGCGGCUGCCGCACCCACCACAUGCCCUGGGCAGACGGGACCGACUGCUCCCCUGGCAAGCACUGCAAGCAUGGCCUGUGCAUCGCCAAAGAGCACGACGCCACGCCCGUGGACGGUGCCUGGGGUGCAUGGAGCCCGUUCGGAACGUGCUCUCGGUCCUGCGGCGGUGGGAUCAAGAUCGCCUUGCGGGAGUGCAACCGACCCGUGCCGAGGAAUGGGGGGAAGUACUGCGUGGGGCGGCGGAUGAAGUUCCGCUCCUGCAGCUCAGAGCCCUGCUCCAAGGUGAAGAAGGACUUCCGCGAGGAGCAGUGCGCCACGUUCGAUGGCAGGCACUUCAACAUCAACCUUCUACCUCCAAACGUUCGCUGGGUGCCAAAAUACAGUGGAAUCCUCAUGAAGGAUCGGUGUAAGCUGUUCUGCCGGGUGGCUGGGAGCACGGCCUACUAUCAGCUCAGGGACCGGGUCAUUGACGGUACCCCAUGCGGGCCGGACACCAACGACAUCUGCGUACAGGGCCUCUGCAGACAAGCCGGGUGUGACCACGUGCUCAACUCCAAGGCAAGGAGGGACAAGUGUGGUGUGUGUGGAGGGGACAACUCCUCGUGCAAGCCCAUGCAGGGCACGUUCAACACCGUGCAUUACGGAUACAACGUGGUCGUUCGAAUACCCAGUGGUGCUACAAACAUUGACGUCCGACAACACAGCUACUCAGGGAAACCAGAGGAUGACAACUACCUCGCUGUUUCUGACAGUCGUGGGGAGUAUUUGCUCAACGGAGGGUUCGUGGUCAGCAUGUUCAAAAGGGAAAUCAAGCUGGGCAGUGCUGUCCUUGAGUACAGUGGCUCUGAUCACGUCAUCGAGAGACUCAACUGCACUGAUCGCAUCGAGGAGGAGAUCAUAGUCCAGGUGCUAUCUGUGGGGAACCUGUUCAACCCAGACGUCAGGUAUUCCUUCAACAUCCCCAUCGAGGACAAGCCGCAGCAGUUCUUCUGGGAUGCCUAUGGACAAUGGCAAGAAUGUAGCAGGCUUUGCCAAGGGGAGCGCAAGAGGAAGAUCCUGUGCAGCCGCGAAUCGGACCGGGUGGUGGUGUCUGACCAGCGGUGCCAUGGGUCAGCCCGGCCCAGCGCCAUCACGGAGCCCUGCAACACCGAGUGUGAACUCAGGUGGCACACUGCUCGUAAGGGCGAGUGCAGCGCUCAGUGUGGCCUGGGCUACCGCACUCUGGACAUCUACUGUGCCAAGCACAGCCUGGCCGACGGCAAGACUCAGAAGGUGGAUGACCGUUACUGCAACAACCAGCGCAAGCCCGACGACAAGGAGGGUUGCCAUGGGGACUGCAACCCUGGCGGCUGGGAGUACUCCCCAUGGUCAGAGGUGAGACUUUUGUUGGUGUGUGUGUGUGUGUGUGUGUGUGUGCCGGGGGGCGAAGCCCUAGGGGACGAGAGUUCAGUGCCGCAGUGGACGACCGGCGACUGGUCAGAGUGUUUAGUAACCUGCGGAAAAGGAUACAAGCACCGGCAGACCUGGUGUCAGUUCGGAGAGGACCGGCUGGACGACCGGUUCUGCGACUCGUCUAAGCCGGAGUCGGUGCAGACGUGCCAGCAGCAGGAGUGUGCCUCGUGGCAGGUCGGACCGUGGGGGCAGUGCACCACCUCGUGCGGACCGGGCUACCAGAUGAGGGCAGUGAAGUGUGUGGUGGGGUAAAUCGGGUCCGUCAUGGGCGACCUGCAGAAUAACGCUACCACCAGGCCCACGGACACUCAGGAUUGUGAACUAGCUCUGUGCCCAGUUGCCCAUCCUGUUUCACCGGACACCAAAGGCCCUUCUCAUCCCGGGCACAAAACCCAGUGGAGAUUUGGAUCGUGGACACAGUGCAGCGCCUCUUGUGGCAAAGGAACUCGGAUGCGGUAUGUGAGUUGUCGUGACAACCAGGGAGGAGUGGCCGAGGAGUCUGCCUGCGCUCACCUUCCCAGGCCAACGGCGCGGGAAGUUUGCCAGGUGGUGGCAUGCGGCCAGUGGAAGGUUCUGGAGUGGACGCCGUGCUCGGUGUCCUGCGGCCAGGGCAAAGCCACCCGCCAGGUGGUGUGUGUGAACUUCAGCGACCAGGUGGUGGACGUGAGCGAGUGCGACCCAGAUGACCGUCCAGCCCGCGAGCAGGAGUGCGCCAUGCCCCAGUGCCCCUCGCGGCCUACUGACCACGGCUCCUUCCCCGCCAUUCCCAAGAGCGUGCCGCCGGCCGGGGGCAGCGACAGCAGGAGAGGCCGCAACCAGUGGAGAACUGGUCCUUGGGGAGCGUGCUCCAGCACGUGUGCCGGAGGCUUCCAGAGGCGGGUGGUGGUGUGCCAGGAUGAGAAUGGCUACACGGCCAACAACUGUGACGAGAGCUCCCAGCCAAACGAGCAGCGCUCCUGCGAAUCUGGACCCUGCCCGCAGUGGGUCUAUGGCAACUGGGGAGAGUGUACGAAGUCCUGUGGCGGUGGGAUAAAAACACGGCUGGUCGCAUGUCAGCGGCCCAACGGGGAGCGCUUUAACGAUCUGAGCUGUGAAAUUCUUGACAAACCGCCCGACCGAGAGCAGUGCAAUACUCAGUCGUGCCCGUCUAACCCCCACUGGAGCGCAGACCCGUGGAGCUCGUGCUCCGCCUCCUGUGGAAGGGGAUACAAGUACCGGAAUGUGACGUGCGUCAGUCGGUCCAAGCGGCAAAUCCCGGAGGAGAACUGCCAGCACCUGCCCCGCCCCAACAAGCAGAGGAGAUGCCGAGGGGGCCGCUGCCCCAAGUGGAAGGCCAGCAGCUGGGGCGAGUGCUCGACGACAUGUGGCAACGGCAUACAGCAACGAGACGUUUUCUGUCAAUUUGGAGACCAACGCCGCGUGGAUGAGUCGGAAUGCGCAAGAUUCCCAGCUCGCCCACCCUCUAGUCAGACCUGUCGUCCCGCUGAUUGCCCGUCGCCGUACAGAUGGAGCGUCGGAGAGUGGCGACCAUGCAGUCGGACAUGUGGGUCAGGCCACCGGAGACGACCAGUGCACUGCCUGGAUGACAGCGGGGAGGAGGUCCAUGACAUGUACUGCGUCACCCAGACCAAACCUACAGACUCUGAGGCCUGUAACACCCAGGCCUGUGAAUUCAUCUGGGUCACGGGGGAGUGGACAGAGUGCUCAGUCACCUGUGGGCAGGGAUAUCAGAGGAGGCUGGUCUCCUGCAGUGAGGUGCAUUCUGGGAAUGAUAAUUACGAGUACGGGCAUCAGUCUUCGUCAAACUGCCCCGGGACUCCGCCAGAAAGCAUCCUGGAGUGCCACGCUGAGCCCUGUCCUCCUCAAGAGGCCUGGAGGGUUGGCAUGUGGGGGCCGUGUUCAGUGACCUGUGGGGAGGGCUGGAUGGAGCGCACGCUGCAGUGUGUAACAGCAGAAGGGGAAGCCAGCGACAGGUGUCCGGUGUCUGCCAGACCCCAGGCACGCAAGGCCUGCGGCAACCCUUCCUGCCACUUGCCAAGGAGCUGCAGAGAGGCCCAGAGCUUGAGCAGCAUCUUGGUGGACGGGGAACAGAUACUGAGUGUGCAAGGGAAAGCAGUCAAGAUCUACUGUGCUGGAAUGCAGACAGAUACUCCAGGGGAAUACGUCACCCUGAUGGCUGGCGAGGCGGAGAAUUUCUCUGAGGUCUUCGGCUACAGGCUGAUUGACCCGACUGGGUGCCCUGCCAACCUGAGCCGAAGAGAGGACUGCAGUUGCAGAAGGGACUAUACGGCAGCCGGCCUCUCCACCUUCAGCAAAGUCCGACUGGACCUCAGCAAGAUGCACAUCAUCACCACAGAUUGGCAGUUUGCCGUCACGCGAGAGGGCCGCCACGUGCCGUUUGCCACUGGAGGGGACUGCUACAGCGCCGCCCGCUGUCCACAGGGCCGCUUCAGCAUCAACUUCUCAGGGACAGGCUUUCAUGUGGCCGAGCAGACCAAGUGGAUUUCCCAUGGAAACUACGCUGUUGCAGACAUACACAAGUCGCAGGAUGGCAGUAGAGUUACAGGAAUGUGUGGUGGCUAUUGCGGCAAAUGCACCCCUUCAACAAGCUCUGGCCUUCUUGUGCGUGUCACAUAACACAACCUCAAUCCCCCAGUGACUCCUCACCCCUCAAGUGGCCUUUCUUAUCUCUCUGUGGUGCUAAAGAAACAGAAGGACUCGUCCUCUUCUGAAGAACCUCUACCCCUCCAAAACAUGUACAUAUGUAAAUUAUGCUACUGUAAGUACUGUACAUAUGCUAUGUGAAUUAUUUAUUAUACUCAACAUUUAUUUUUAUAUUGUGAAAUUAUUUAAUUUUUUUUUUAGUUUUCUUUUUUUUUUAAAAGCAACUUGCCAUUGUGCCUAUCAUCAUGCACACGUCCACAUCUGUCAGACAUUGUAUGUGACAUAAAUACACUGCCGUUCAAAAGUUCGGGGUCCAAGUUUGGGGUUUCCAUUCCACUCCAUUAUAGACAGAAUACCAGCUGAGAUCAGUUGCAUUGUUUUUUUUUAAUCAGGGCAGCAGUUUUCAGAUUACAUUAUGUGCUUGCAUAAUUUCAAGAGGGUUCUUCAGUGUUUUCUUAGUUAGCCUUUUGAAAUUAAGUCAGAUUAGUAAACAGAAUGUGCCUUUUGGAACAUUGGAUGAAUGGUUGCUGAUAAUCAGCAAUGUAGAUAUUGCAUUAAAG